CGCAGGGCCGCCAUGGCGGCAACAAGAAGGACCGGAAGAAGGAGCGCCGCAACAACGACCCAGUGGUAGCUGCGAAGAGGGCCGCUUUCGCGCUCGCUGCGGCGCAGGCCACUUCACCGCCAGCUCCUGCAGAAGCCGCGCAGCCCCGGCUCGCUCUUCCUGCGCCGCAGGCGACGGCGGCGACGCCCGCGGCGGCGCCGGCCGCUCCACCAGCCGCUCCGGCAAACGCCGCGCAGCCUUUCCUCCAAGCGCAGGCGCCCAGCGGCCCGCCGGGCGGGCCGGGCGGGCCGCCCGACGGCGGCGACCCGGGCGGCGACGAGCAGGACUGCGCCGCCAAGCAAGCAGACAAGGCCCUCCCGAAGCUCCUCUUCGGACUCCUCCUCUCCACGGACAGUUUCUUCAAUAAGGACAAGAAGCAGCUGGGCACGGUCCUCCUGCGGUACUCGCCGCAGUCCUCUGCCACCGCCGGCGGCUUCGCGCAGGGGUUCCGCCAGGGCAAUCUCGAGUGGGUCACUCUGACCGGCCUCGUGGAGAUGCGGGAGAAGGCGGCGCUGGAUCAGUACAUUAAACAGCAGCGCGAUGCCGAGAGGAGGGCGGUGGUCUGCUUCACGCGCGAGCUCCGCAAGCAGAAGGCCAAGUUUGCGGGCGAGGACGACGAGUGGGUCUGGACAGCGCGCAACGUGACACCCACCCCGUAAGCGAUGGCCUCACGGGGGGCCAUCGGAGAGGCGGGGGGGGCGAGGCCCUCUUGGAUCCGGUUUUCGCACCGCCCUGGUGCGGGCAGGACCAAUUUUUUAUCUCGGGCCCUGUUCUCUCCU